AUGGAACGUGAGCGUCGUUAUUCAUUUGAUUCCGACCCUGGCGAACGUGCGCCAUUAGACAGUUCCAACCAUAAUCAUCAAUCUCCUCCGUCGUCUCGCCGAUACAACAAUCGCAACUCCCAAUCACACUACUACCAAGACGAACCUCCCUCCAUCUACAGAGACACUGUCAACACGUCUCCCACACGCGCAGGCGCUCAUUCCAACUCUGAUUUCACUCGUUUGAGGGAGGAACGUCGUCGCAGUCGCUUAGCUGAAGGUGCUGCUGUCGCUACUGGGGCUGGUGCUGGGACUGGAAUCGCCCUAGCUGCAGCAGAUUCGGCAACUGGUGUACCACAGCCGCCGCCGCACCGAGAGAGUCUGAACAGAUCUGACUGGACCACUGGAGCUGCACCCACCAACAUCACACCAGGUGUUGACAACUUUAGCGAAACCGCUGCCGGCGGACUGGCUGGUAUUGCUUCGACAGUCGCUCAACAAAACGCCCGACAAAGUGGGCUUGACGCCAUGAGAGGCAACGACGGUUACGACUAUGGCUACGGCCACCAACCCUAUGGUCAACAAGACUACAAUCAAUCAUACCAGACAUCACAACCACAGAACUCACCCUAUGGCCAAGGUUCAUACAAUAAUUACGAUCAACACUACAACUCAUCAUCAGCCUAUGGCCAGCAAGGCUACGACGAAGGAGGAUAUGAUCGCGCAUACGACCAGGGUUACCAGACCUCGAAUCAAUACUCCAACGGACCAUCGUCAUCAUCUUCACACAUGGUGCCAAUGGCCGCAGCUGCUCUGCCAGCUGGCGCAAUCACCCCCAGAAGCCAUCAAAGCUUUGCUAGCGAUCCAUUCAACGAUUCUCGAUAUGCUUACGACCAGCGAUUGGCCCCCGGACUAGGCCAUGUAGACCCUCACGACAUUAUGGAUGACGGAGAUGAUGGCCUGGAGUAUAGUCGCAGAAACUCGAGUAGAGGCAACGUCAGUGGCGGGGCCGCAGCCGCGGGCGCUACUGGCGCCGCCGCCGCAGAGGCCUAUGCUCCUGUCGGCGGGUCCCUUGGUGGAGCAAAGGAACAGUCCGAGUGGAUGAAGAAGCAAUCGGGAAGCUCCAAGAAGUGGAGGUGGGCCAUUAUCAUUGUUGUUGGACUCAUCAUCGCUGGCGCUGUGGUCGGAGGUGUCGUGGGCGGUAUACUCGGAAACAAGAACAAGUCCAAGAGUACCACUGGAGAGUCGGCUUCCGAGGACACGUCAAAGAAUGGCGAUUUGAACAUCAAUUCGUCAGAGAUCCAGGCUCUGCUCAACAACGACAAUCUGCACAAGGUCUUUCCUGGCGUCGACUACACGCCCCUCAACACGCAAUAUCCGGAUUGCUUGUCGAAUCCGCCGUCUCAGAACAAUGUCACUCGUGAUGUUGCAGUGCUCAGUCAAUUGACCAACAUUAUUCGACUCUACGGUACGGAUUGCAACCAAACAGAGAUGGUCAUUCAUGCUCUGAGGCAGUUGGAGAUGGAAGACACGAUGCGAAUCUGGCUGGGAGUAUGGCAAGACGGCAACCAGACAACCAACGAUCGCCAACUCUCGCAGAUGUGGGACAUUCUGGAAACCUACAAUGACACCUACUUUGAGGGUCUCAUUGUUGCCAACGAGAUCCUGUUUCGCGAGCAGAUGACUGAAACCGAGCUUGGCGACCUUCUCGACAGCGUGCGCACCAAUGUGACCAGUUUGGGCUUGGAUCUCAAGGUUGCCACUUCAGAUCUCGGCGACAGCUGGACUUCGAGCCUUGCAGCCAAGAGCGAUGCCAUCAUGUCCAAUAUUCAUCCGUUCUUUGGUGGAAUCAACGAGAAUGAGGCUGCAUCAUGGACUUGGUCUUUCUGGCAGAAUCAUGAUUCAGGAUUCAUGAAAUCCGACGCAGCUGACAACAUCAUAUCAGAGAUUGGAUGGCCUUCAGAGGGCGGCAUGGACUGUUCUAGCGACACGGUAUAUGACUGUCCCGACAUGGCAGUUGCUGGCAUCGAUGGCCUCAAUACAUUGCUUGACGGAUGGGUCUGCGAUGCACUUACAAAUGGUACCAACUAUUUCUGGUUCGAAAUGUUCGACGAACCUUGGAAGAUUCAAUUCGAUACGGAGCACCAGGCCUGGGAGGACCACUGGGGUCUGAUGGAUGUCAACCGUAACCUCAAGGAUGGUGUCAAGAUUCCUGACUGUGGCGGCACGGAAGUCGCCGCCAUUAAGAAGAAGAAGAGAAAGGCUUAG